UAGUAGUAAAACAAUGACACACGGAGACAACAACAAAUGUGAUCUCAUCUCAUUUCAGUAGCUCAUGCCUGGAGUCCUCCUCAACUCCUCGUAGCCAAAUUAUCAUCUAUAAAAGGGACUUCAUUUCCAAGAUCAUCAUCACCAUCCAAAGUGGAAAAUCCAUUCCAAUACACUCUCUAAAAUCUAUUCUAUAACUCGAGAAGAAAUUAAGAAGCAAAAGCCAAAAACAACUCCAUUAUCUCUCCAUGGAUAAGCUUAUUUUUCCAACAAUAACAUUCUUGUGUCUUCUCAUCUUUCUUGCACCAACUAAGGUGGCAAAUGCUGCAACAUCGCCCUCUUCAAUAUGUAGCCAAACCCCUUAUCCAGAGUUGUGCCAUUCCCUCACAAUCACCCCAAAAUCAACCCUAACCACACUUGAUGAUGAAACUUCAUCAUCAUUCGACAUUAGAGAUGCUAGCCUUAAGUUCACUUUGGCGCAAGCUCAAUAUGUUCACAACCUCAUUUCCACCAUAGACACAACUUCAUUCGAUAAGCUAAGCAAGGCUGCUUGGGCUGAUUGUCUCGAACUUUAUGAAGAUACAAUUACCAACCUUGCCCGUUGUUCAAGUUCCAAAAACAACUUAAAUGACGUUCAAACAUGGUUGAGUGCUUCCAAUGCAAACCACGAAACAUGCAAGAAUGGGUUCAUUGAUUUUCAGUUGAAUUCUCAAUUGCAAUCAUUUCCAUUCUUCAAUACCAACUUCUCAAAACACCUCAGCAAUUCCCUUGCCAUAAACAAAGCUUCUCUAACAUCAUCAUUAUCAGCAUCUCAAGUUUCAAGCAAUGAUCAAAUCAAGAACAGGAAACUAUUAUCACUGGAUUCCGGUGAUGGAUUCCCUGCAUGGGUUACGACCGGUGACCGAAAACUUCUACAGUCAUCAGGAGGGCCUAAAGCUGAUAUCACCGUGUCACAAGAUGGAUCGGGUGAUUACAAAACGAUUUCCGAAGCAUUGGCAGCAUCAUCAAAAAUGAGGAGCAGUUCAAGCAGAGUUGUGAUAUACGUGAAGGGUGGAACGUACAAAGAAAAUGUUGUGGUAACAAAUUCAAUGUCAAAUAUAAUGAUGGUGGGAGAUGGGAUGGGUUCUACGGUGGUUACCGGCAGUAAAAAUGUUCAAGAUGGCGCCACCACCUUUAGUUCUGCUACUUUUGCUGUGAUGGGGGAUCGUUUUAUUGCACAAGACAUGACGUUUGAAAAUACGGCUGGACCCGCAAAGCAUCAAGCGGUGGCUCUCCGAUCCGGGUCGGACUUUUCUGUGUUCUACCGUUGCGGUUUCAAAGGAUAUCAGGACACACUGUACGCAUAUUCCAAACGUCAAUUCUACCGCGAUUGUGACAUUUCUGGGACCAUAGAUUUCAUCUUCGGCGAUGCAGUCGUGGUCUUCCAGGGAUGCAACAUCAACUUGAGGCAACCGAUGAGCAACCAGAUAAACACGGUGACGGCUCAGGGGAGAUCCGACCCGAAUGAAAAUACCGGGAUCAUAAUCCAUAAUUCUCAAAUCUCCGGGUCUGGAGUGUCCGUCAAGAGUUAUUUGGGUCGCCCAUGGCAAAAGUGUUCACGUACUGUUAUUAUGAGGUCUGGCAUCAGUGGCGCGAUCGAUGCCGCCGGGUGGUUCCCGUGGUCCGGCAGUUUUGCUCUGAGCACUUUGUAUUAUGCUGAGUAUGCAAACACCGGAGCCGGUGCCGGAACCGGAGGGCGGGUCAAAUGGGGUGGCUACCAUGUUUUGACUAGUCCUGCCGAUGCCCUGAAAUUUUCAGUCGGAAAUUUCUUGGCCGGAAAUUCAUGGAUACCAUCCACCGGUGUGCCAUUCACGGCUGGCCUCUAAUUCUGUGUGAAAACGGUGGUGUAUCAGUCACAUCGACAUGGUUAAUUUCUUCUCUUUUCCGUUGUUGAAUCAUGAAAGGAAUAGACUAGCAUAAAGCUUGGUUGAUCAAAUUAAUUGCAAAUGUAAUCUUAAAUAUUCAUAGUUGAAGGUUAAUCCUCAUUGUAACAUAUUCAUUAAGAAAUUAUAAAUGCAAGUAUAUCAUUUUUGGCAAAAAUCCUAAGUUUUUAUUGAUUAAUUAUAACACAUGACGUGUCAG